ACGAGGAGAACGUCACUUGGUAUAUUAACACUUUGUACAGCUCUGGAGCCACCUCACCUUUGUGUAUAAACAAAGAAAAUUCAAGACGCGAUGAGCUGCUUUGGAAAAUAACUUAACUUUAUUUAUGGUAAAUGUAACUGUAUUUUGUGUAAGUACACUUUUUCCACAGCCCAGUCAUCCUACAAUCUUGUAAGCAAGUUUGGCUCGGUAAUUAAUGGCCACGUCGACGCUAAAUUGGUCCAAAUACUGUUUUCUUUCCACCUUUGGAUUUUCUGUUCUUCUUCUUGCAACGCUAAAUUUUUAUGACAUUCGAGGACUGAAAGUCAUGAGAUGGAUGUCGCACUUCACUGCUGACAUCUAUUUUGAAAAUAACUCACAUUCGCUGAAAUUUAACCACUCAAUCGAUAAAUUUAUGGUGGACAGGAACAGCGUGACUACAACGGUGCAACCCACUGAAGAAGAGAGGACCAAGACAGUCGUUCUUGUCUACACUGUCUUCUUCAGGACAGUGGAGUGGAUAGGAGAUCGUGAUAACUGCGGAUUUGAAAACAAGUUUUUAUUUGCCUCAAGUAAAUGUCUCUCAGGUGAUUUCGAAUUGACCUACGACAAACAGCGGUUUGAGGAAAGCGACUUAGUCGUGUUUCACGCUAGAAACAUGCCAAGUGUAGAUCAUCUGAGAACGCUUCUGAAAAGCAGGCCCACUUCACAGCGCUGGGUAUACGCUUUGUGGGAAAGUCCAAAUGCAACACCAAAUCCUGCUCCAUUAAACGGGCUGUUUAACUCAACGUGGACGUAUAGAAGCGAUUCAGAUUUCUUGUCGCCAUAUGGAAGUUACGAGGAACUGAGUGAAGAAGAAAAAGUAGAGAAAAUGAAAAACAUACCAGACCAUUCCCAAGGAAAAACUGAACUUGUGGCUUGGAUGGUUGGUAAUUGUGGCGCUCAACCUCGAAAGGCGUUUGUCCAAAAUCUGCAAAAAUACAUCAAGGUCGAUAUCUUUGGAGGUUGUUCUGGAAAAAGAUGUUCAAAUCCGCCAACUGAUUGCCUUAAAAAGUUUAAAUUCUAUUUGUCAUUCGAGAACGCUUUAUGUGAAGACUACAUCACCGAAAAGUAUUGGGGAAGGCUUGGUAAGUCUUUGUCUUUUCACUGUUUUGAUAGCUGUUUUGAAAACACUCUAGUCAGGGCAGUUUGCAAGUAAACAUAAAAACAUUCAAAAAAGUUUAAAUGUCAAACUUGUCACGUACCGAACCUAAUUGCUUCACCCCACACCACGUUGUUUUCAUCGUUUUGAAUUUGCUGAACCCACUCUGACUGCGUUUGUGUUACAAAUUUGCACCUGUGUUACAAGAAAACUGCCCUUUACUUUCAAUCAAUCAGAAUUGAGUAUUUUUUUGUGUAUUGUUUAUAAUGGUAGUUGAACUGAGUGGAGUGCAAUUGGGUCUGAAAUCAUACUAGCCGGCAUUGCAGCCGGCCUACGCACUCAUCAAAACCAUUUGUAUUGUCCGUCUGCGAAUUAGUGCACAAAAGCUUGUUCUAAUAUCCUGCAGAGUCGCAAGGACAUAUGUGAGCGUUUCUGAUAGGCGGGUUUCUCACUGGUUUCUUAUGCGCCUCACGAUUGGCCUAAUUCGUACGUGUGCUUGAAGGUUGGGUGCAGUGACAUGUCAAAAUUCACAGAAGGGAGUUGGCAAGGAUCGUUUACAGUAAACCAUGUAACAGCAGUUCAAACUUUAAAGCCCUCUUCUACACAAAAGAAUUCUUUGAGAGAAUUCCUUCAAGGCCGGAAUUUGCUUGUAUAUUUGCUGACUGGUUUUCCAGCGUCUUCCAAUCGCUGCAGAUGCUCUGCCGCGUAUUCUGCAAUCUAGCUGACAGUUCUAGCGUCAAAACAAAUGAAGAUCUACAGAGUGCAGAAUAGAUGUCUAAAUGUCAUUGGUCUCCCUAGGGAUACUGUUGAGUCACUUGUAACUAGGCGUCAGAGUUUGACGAGGAAAGAAUUUAAAUGUAUUCUAGAAUCAGAAGCACAUCCUUGCAAACAUUUUUUAGACAAGCCAGUGGAUCAUGGCCAUAAUCUAAGAUCUUGUAAGACUAACCCAGCGCACCUCAGAAUACCUGUAUCACGCAGUGUUAGGCACAAACAAUCGCUUAUUCCUAGAGGUGCUAAAUUUAACUUAAUGUGAUAUGUAUAUAUAAUAUGUAGUGUUUUGAAUUUCUAUUGUAAUAUUACUUAAUUCUUAAUGCCAAAGGUAAUAAAUAAAGGUAUUAUUAUUAUUAUUAUGAAAUCAUGAUGUUCAGGGCCCAAAAAAAGGUCCAGGCAUUUAGGAGAAAACCAAGGAAACUGAGGUUAUUAUUUAGCCGCAAUUAAAAAAACGUAAGGCUUAAACAAAGGUAAAAGAAAAUCGUUUUAAUGGUAAACUGUAGCUGUGAUUAAAUCCUGUCAAAGAAACAUUUACCGAAACAUAAGCCACAGGAACUAAUUACUGAAUUUGCAUGGAACGGACCCGCUUCAUCACCUCUAAAUGUGAGACUCAAAGUGGCAAAAAAGGUUUUCUCAGUCAAAGUGUGGAAUACUCCAUGCACUGCAUAAACUACACAAAAAGAGAGCAAGAAAAAGCUGUGUCGUUCAAACUGACUGUAAGGUCACAUUUCAAACCACAAGCUUAAUCUCUGUUGCCACGAGCUAUUACACAGGAAAAAGUAAAGGAUUCCCAUUUUUGGAUAUUUUAGGGUAUUUAAAGAAUACCCAUAAAAAUCCCAAAAUUGGCAAAGUGAGACAAUAAGUCCCAACCAUGGAAUUCCCAACCAAGUUCCCUUAUUGGGACUUGUCUCACUCUUCCAAAUUUGGGAUUUUUGUGGGUAUUCUUUAAAUACCCUAAAAUAUCCAAAAAUGGAAAUCCGUUAUUUUUUCCUGUGUUAGUUGUGUUUGGUUUUUCAACACUUAAUUCAAAUCGGACUAAUCACAAACUGCAUAAGAAACACGCCAACCAAAAGUGCUGAGAUAUGUCCUUGCGACUCUGUGGGAUUUGAACACGAUAUUGUGCAAUAAUUCGCAGACGCUCUAUACAGAAGGUUUAGAGUGUCAGCGACGCAGGCAAAAAUCAUAGAAAGCCUUCUUCCAUUUGAAAUUUAAUAGAACUUAGAGUAACUUUAGAUACACUUGGUAAUUAAUAAUGGCAUUUAAUGAAGUAUUUAACAGGAAUAGUGAAUAGUGAAUAAUGAAGUUAUUAACGAUCGACAAUUAACAAUGGGUGUGCAUUUCUGUAAUGUCUUGCCUGGGGCUACGCCUUGCUUAUGAGUCCUAGUGAGGAGAAAACAGCUGUCCAUGGCUGCCACUACUAGGAUGAUAUGGUUGUGCACAUAGAAUAGAAUAGAAUAAGUUAUUUCUGUAGCGCAUUUUCCUAAUGCCCAAAUGUGCUUUACGGUGUCAAACAUAUUAUAAUCUAUACACUAAAAAAAUAUGUAAAAAAUCCUAAGAAUAAAAAAAAACAAAAGUCUAAAAGUCCAAAAAAUUGGAAAAAAAAAGUUAAAGUCUAAAAACAUGCUUGUCGAAAAAGAUGGGUCUUAAGCGUAACUUUAAAGACAGAGACAGUUGCGCUGCUUUUAAUCUCAAGUGGAAGUGUGUUCCAGAGGUAAGGCGCACACACUGAGAAAGCUCUCAAGCCAAUCAAUUUGAGCUUUUGCGUUGGCUACUCCAGUAGAAGUUGGUCAGCAGACCUAAGAGCUCGCCUAGGAACAUAAGGACUGAUGAGCUCAGUCAGGUACAUGUGUAAGGUUAGCUGUUACUGGCCGUACUGUGGAGUUGGUAUGUGUACUUCAGGGCCUACAGCAUCCUGUUAGGGCUCAAAAUUAAUUUUUUGGAUUACUAACCCUUUGGGUUAGUAGGCAUAAAUUUUACUAACCAAAUUUUAGAGUCUAUUAUCCAAGAAUCUGUUCUUGAAGUUACAAUAUGUUAACUACUGAAAAUUGUGCUAAUAAAUGGGGCAAACUAAAGUAUGGAUGGAUUGGUUUAAAAUAUUGUUUGUAUAGGCUCAUCGAACUGUAACCGGGUGAAUGCUUUUUUUCAUUCUUCUUGGAAGUUCCUCCACCUUGUUUUCGCUUUUCUUUGUAUCGUUCCAGAGAGCCUUCUGUAUUGUUGUAAACUAUACUUGUUCUUUGUUGUUUUUCUGAAUCUUCCGUUUGCUCCUCACACCUUUCGUCCGGCGACCUAUUUCUGCAUCUGAUUGUGUUCAAGGUAUGAGAACGCAACCCCUAAUUUGUGUUGGGCGUUCUGUGCGUUAUUGGGUGUCCUGUGCAAUUAAUAAGGGAGAUUUUUGUGAGAAUGUAUUUUUGUUGUCGACACACAUUUGCCUCGCUUUGAGGGGCUUGCUUACGAUUUGCCUCACUUUGACGUGCUAACUCUUGUGGUGAUUCUUGUGUCUGCGGCGUUCAUCUUUCAAAGCGGUUUGCUAAGGUCUGAUAUUCUUCGUAAAGCGUUCAUGUUUUACAAAGUUUGCUGAAUCUUCGUAGAGCGUACAUCGAUCUGUGUUUGUUGAAUCGUCCAAAGCGUUCAUCUUUCAGAAGUUUGCUGUUAACGUUUACUUUGGAUUAAGCCUUCAUAUUUUUCAGUAUGGUUCGUCACUGUCUUUGGAAAAUGUCUGCGACUCCUGGUGCAUGCAUCAAACCGGGUUUAGUUCGGCGGCCGUUGUACCACUAGACUGCGAGCAGUCUCGUAUUUUUCUUUGCAAAGUAUGUUCUGCACGCGAAACCUAAGCACGUGAGUGGCAAAGCCGCGAGCCGCGAGAAACGAGGCGUAAGCCCGAGAAGAAAAAAUCUCAUUCCCUUUAGUAAUAAUGACGUCGUGGUUUGCAAUCACGCUGGAUGAGAUAAGAACUAGACAGAUUUAAAAGAGAAAAGGCAGACUGCAAGCAGUCUAUUGUAGCACAUGGUAAAUUUACCGAGUUGUGUAGCUCGGCGGCCAAUGUGUGACAAAGUAAAUCUACCGAGUUGUGUAGCUCGGCAACGGUUGUGCCACAAAGUAAAUCUACCAAGAUGUGAAGCUCGGCGGCGCCAUUUGAUCAUGACUUGUGAUAUUUUUAUGCACUGGACAAAUGAACACUUAAACUCUAUGUUAUUUAUUAGGAAAAACUUAUAAACCAGCCCACAGUAGUGCCACUCUCGAGUCACUGAAAUCAACACGUUCGACCAAAUUACUGGUAAAGUUAUUGAUGUGAGUCGCACACACAUUCCAUUGAAGGCUUUGAUAGUGUUUUGUGCGAAGUUUGAAUUCAGAUGUGAAAGCUUUUAGUAAAUUCAAUUUAAUUCAUUUUGUCAACAAGUUGAUGAUUGGAUGCUCUUAAAAAUAACAGAGAAAAUUAUCCGAAGAAAUGUUUUUGAAGAAAGAAAAAGAAUCCCGGGUCAAAUAGAGGUUUCGCCAUACGCAACCCUUACGUUCAAAAUAUACCAUAAUCAUAUUUAUCUAUAUCGCAACCACCCUUCCCGCUCAACUGCUACCUGUUAGCCCAAAAAACAUAUUGAGCGCACUCUCCUAAGCUCUGAUUACUGCUAGUUUGUAUAAUAAAUAGGUUGCACAAAUGAGCCACUUCCAAAAGAAAACAAACCAAAACAGAAACAAGCAAGAUGGCGGAGGUAUACUAAGGUUGUGUCCAGAUAUCUCCUCAUCCAACAAGCCUUGUUACCUUGCCUCCUGCGAAAUGCGACUUUUUCUUGUUGUUCAAUUAUGCAGUAAGCAUAUCUUUUAGAACAAAAAAUUGUUCAAGAUAGAAAACAACCUUACGCAAAAAAGAAACACAUCAGCCUUUCGUGAAAAUUAAUGCUCAUUUGUAAGAAGAAUUUCUAUGAAUGAUAAUAUUUGAUUUAACAGAAAUUUUAACUAACCAUUUCGGGUUACUUGGGCACAUUUUUAGUAAUGUUGGAAACUACUAACCGUUGGUUAACAGGUUACCGUUAAUUUCAAGCCCUGCCUGUAUGUUGUGGUUCCAAUUUUCUGAUGGAUUAAAAAGACAAAAAGAAAGACAAUCUUUACUUCAUCUUUCACAUUUAUUGCAAAUUUUAAUUAAUUUAAUAACAAGUUUUAAAGAGUGAAAGUUAUGUCAGGCUACUUGAGGAAUAAGGAUUAAACAAAGAAAUUUAUUUCUUCUAUCAUCUCUUUCAGGUGAAGACUUAAAUGUGGUUCCAAUUGUGAUGGGAGGUGCUAAUUACUCCAAGCUUGCAAUUCCAGGGUCUUACAUCAAUGUUAUGGACUUCAAAACUGUUAAACAAUUUGCAGAGUACCUUCAGUAUCUGGACAAAAAUAACACUGCUUACAAUGAAUACUUUAAAUGGAGACUAAAAUACAAGGUGUUUCGCAGCAACCUUGAUUUAUCAAUGUGUCAAAUUUGUAAAUGGUAUGUUUCAAGAUAUCCGCUUAAACCCAAAGUUUAUGAUGACCUUGCAGCACAUUGGGUUAAAAAGGGACGAUGUAAUGUGAAAAAUUCUCUCAUCACAAGUAUGUGGGAGGAUUAAAAAUUAUUACCUUAUUUAAUUUUCAUGAGACACAACCUAAGAACUGGUCAUAAGGAAAAGGUACAGUUAAACUUUCAGUAAGUGGCCAUGCAUGUGGGAGGUAAUGCAAGUGGCUGAGUUGGCCGCUUAAUAGAGGUUUAAGUUCCCAUUCAUUUCUGCCAUUCUUUUUGGAUUUUUAUCACUGGCCACUAAAUAGAGGGUGUUCGCUUAAUAGGUGGCCUCUUAAUGGAAGUUCAACAGUGUAUUGUAAUGUUAAAAUGCAUGCUUAGGUGAGCUAGAGAAAAGGCUUUAUAGCAAAGGCAAUGCAAUGACAACUGAAGACAUGACGGUGCAUGUGAAAGGACUGAACCCAACUUCCAGUGCUUUAAAUUUGCCUUUGUCACUGUCAUCAUGUUGCACUGGGGAGAGCACUUGCCUCCCACCAAUGUGGCCUGGGUUCAAAUCCCGGUGUCGACACCAUAUGUGGUUUGAGUUUGUUUGUUGGUUCUCUCCCUUGCUCCAAGAGGUUUUUCUCGGGUACUCCAGUUUUCCCUUCUCCUCAAAAUCCAAUAUUUCGAGAUUCCAAUUCGAUUAGGAAAGUAGAUGAAGAACUACUUUGUGGAUGUGCUACCUCCAACUCGUUAUAUAUUAUUAGUAUAUUUUAUUCAUUUAUUAUUUUAUAGUCUAAUUGCCAAUGGGCUAUUUGCACGAUGAUGUCAUUUUACCACUACUACCAGAGUGGUUCAGUGUGUUGCUUUGUUGUGCAAAUUAGGCCUACUGUUGUGUGAAACCUCACUGGGAUGGUCAAAUUUAAAUAGGAAAAGAAAAAUUAUAUGGAUUCUGGUAGAAUUGAAAUUAUGCCAUCGUGCAAAUGGCCUAUUAAUUGCUAAAAUAUUGUACAUAAGGUUUGGACCAUUAGAAAUAGUGAAGUCAAGGGGGGUUUCUGCUCUGCAUGUAAAUCAGUGUUUUCUUGGUUAAAAUAUGUGCACGUUUUUUGGUGACUUUUUACAUGAACAGUCCAGUUUGACUGUAUAAAAAUAAUUUGAAACUGUAGGCUGCUCCUGCUGUAAGUGUGUUCAACAGCCUUUAAAAACCUUUCAAGUGUUAUGUAUUUUGGUUUAGCAGUUAGACUGGUCUUUGGUGGAUAGACCAAAAGUGUUCUAAUUAUGUUAAAGUUAGUACAAAGAUAAGAAAUUUUCAAGUUAUGAGAAGUAAGGCAUAUUUAUUGGUUACCACAUGUAAAUAGUGUCUAAGGCUAUGUCUGUACUAUUACUGGAUAGCUUUUCGUGUCAACACAAAAAGCCAGACCUAACUAAUCGAUGAUCAAUGACAUCAAUUGGUAAUCAAUGAGUAAUUGAUGAGUAAUCAGCUGAUUAGUCAUUGAUUAGGGACCGGUCAUUAUUUAUCGCCUGGAGGGGUCGGAGGAUUUUGGGCUAAACACGAUGAAAUUUAGCCGAUCCCCCCUUUAAAUGUUAUUUUAUUGAAGUGAUCCCCUCUCAUAACUAUAUAUAACUUUCGUGAUCCCCCCCCGCCCCCCUCAUGUCUUUGUACCCAUAUUCACCUUUCGACGUGUAUAUUUAGUGUUUUAAACGUUCAUAUACAGGUAGUAUUUCUAACUAUGAUGUACUUACAGCAUAAUAAAGCCGUUAUCGCGCAGUCUUUUUUUAAAAGUGUCUCUUGAUCCGUUUCUUUUCCUAGUCUGGAUCCAGACAUCUGAAUUCAGUUGACAUACAAGCAAUCUUGCUUAAAACUGCAAAGUGCUUGAAACUGCAAUCAGUGCUUGAAACUGCAAAGUUACUUUUUUUAGAGUGCCAAAUAGCAGUCCGCCAAGUCCCUAUCAGCAGGUCAUAUUUAGCGACAAUUCGGCCAUCUGGAAGGGCUAGGAUCGGCCACUGUUCCUGUCUCCUUUUUUAUUUUCAUCUAUAGUGUAAUAGAUCAGCCUUUGUAGCUUCGCUCACAUUUUUAUAAUUUUUUUUGUUCGUUUUCUUUUUGUUUUCCUUUUUUUUUUCUUCAUCCAGUGUUUGCUUGUACAGUAACUUCAGCUAUUUGGUCAUCUGGUACAAAAGUUAAAACUGGCAUACGAACAGUUGACUGUUCAUCGAGAUCAGCAAUGACAAGAUCAUCUUCGCUAUCCUCGUCAUCAUCUAACUCCGUAUCUGAUUCUUCACUCUCUUCCUCACUGCUGGACAACUCAUUCCCGUUGCCUGGACUUCUCUGUUGAUAGUAAUGGUAGCGAAUUGCCUUUAUCUUGCAUGUCCAGCUUUAUACCAACAGUGGUCAGGCCAUGUUCCUUAAGGUACAGGUCGAGCUGUCUCACCUUCAGCUUUUCAACUUUGCCAUUCUCAACAAUAAGUAUGCCCCACUGGUAGUCCUUGUAUGUUAGUUCCUCUUCUAACCUUUUUUCUCCUUAGCCUCUCUUGUUCUAAUAUCCUUCCUGAUGUUGAUAUCAUUUAGAUGGCCUAGGUAUUCAAUGACAUGCUUUUCCUCGACACUAUAGGUUGCACAGAAAGCAGCGAUGGUAUUUGGAUUACCCGCAGAGAUGGCGUUUUGUUCGUACAAGUCCUUCAGACAUUUCCUCGGUUGAUAAUCGUCUGGAGCCCCACCUGUUGUCGGCGUUUCGUACACAUCCAUAAAGUGCCCGGGAUUUUGCUUGUCUGGCACAGGCUGAGGGAUUCUUUCUGUUACUGGUCCCAUCCAUCUGUUGUUGGUACACCAGGAACAGAGUGUGGAGCUUGCAUCGCUUUGCUUAUUGCAGGCAUCCCGACAAAAUUCAAAAAAGAGCUCUCCUCGGACGUAGUGGUCCUCAAUAAAACUCUCUAUUUUGCCAAGAUGUGCCGCACCGGGUAUUUCGGCCUUACUGUUUUCUGAAGCAUUUCGGUACGUAAUUAACUCAGAAGCAUUAAAAAAUAAUCACUCUUCGGGAGACUCACUCACUCUACUACUGAUGUAAUCCUUCAGGACAGGGGCGUCGUCUAUCCUUUCGGCGACCUGCUUGCAAACGUGCCAAGCAUUUUUUUCCACACGCUCUUUUUCGUACUGUUCGUAGGAAUGGAGGGACAUGGCUUUGAUUUCGUCUUCAGAGAGAUCUUCGAAUCGACGGUACUUCUCCCAUUCCAGCGUUGCACCGUCAACAAGAGCGUCUGAAAUGGCCGAGUUUGUGCGCUCGGCCUCGCCUUGCCCGCUGUCACCUCUCGAACGAUGGCAUCGUACUCGAUUAAACAAACACGCUUUUUACAAUGUUUCAGUUAUCAGAAGUUUAUAUAGUUCACAAUUUAGAAUUCACCUGUCAUGUUUAAAGAUGAAUAUUAGCUAAGUCGUGAGCACGUUAUAAAAGGAAAAAUAUAAAUGCGUUAAAACAAAGCUUUCUCGAUAUAAAUUGAAAUGCACACAUUCGCCAGUGUGACAGACUCCCGUUUUUUUAAAUAAAGUUGUGUUAGAACAAAUUGAGAUUGCAAAUGCUAUCAUCUCCCAGCAGAAUGGGCACAUUUAUGUUGUAUGCUUUCAAACUGGCAUUGUUCAAGCAGAUUUGAGUGGUCCCCCCUCUGAAUCCUUCCAAAAUUUUCAGUGAUCUCCCCCUUUUGGGCUCUCAGUUACGACUGAUCCCCCCUCUGUUCUCCUAAAAAUCAAGUGAUCCCCCCCAAAAUCCUCCGACCCCCCCAGGUGAUAAAUAAUGACCGGUCCCUUAUUGGAGAUGAUCAUUGAAUCGAAGCCAAAAAAUUUUGUGGCCUAUCGAUUACUCAUCAAUGACAUCGAUUACUCAUUGAUGUAAUUGAUUACUCAUCAAUGACCCAUUGAUUACUUAACGACUAUUAUACUGCGCACGAAGGACACUUUUCUUGCUUUCCUGUAUCAUUUUUUUUGUUUUCAGAUUCUUUUAUCUGUGUUAGAGGCAUUUUUCCUUGUAUCUGAAGAUCCUGUUGACGAUGUCGAGAUGCAAAGUGCUAAUCACAAAUACAGUUUUUUUAAUUUUGUUUUUCUUCGCCGAAUACGUUUGCAGCCACGAGAUGAUAUCGAUGAGUAAUGGAUGAAAUCAAUGACUAAACUAUGCAAUCAAUGACUAAUCGAUGCAAUCGAUGACUAAUCAAUGACCAAAAAUUUGUGGCCUAUCGAUUAGUCAUUGAUUACUCAUUGAUCAUCGGCAAUAAUCAAUGACUAAUCAACUGAUUACCUAUCGAUUACCUACUGAUUACUCAUUGAUUUCGUUGAUGUCAUUGAUGUCAUCGAUUAGUUAUGUCU